UGGUGAUCGAGUUCCACUUACAAUCAUCGAUACUUCAUCAAGMUUCGACAGCAGGAAUACUCUUGCCGAGGAAUUGAAGCAUGCUGAUGCUGUGGUAUUGACUUAUGCAUGCGAUCAGCCUGAAACGCUCGAUCGAUUGAGCACCUUCUGGCUCCCAGAACUUCGUCGUCUUGAGGUGAAGGUGCCUGUGGUUGUGGUUGGUUGCAAGCUAGAUUUGCGGGACGAUAAUCAACAGGUGAGCCUGGAGCAAGUAAUGUCACCCAUCAUGCAACAGUUUCGGGAAAUUGAGACUUGUAUAGAAUGUUCUGCGGUUAAUCAAAUUCAGGUCCCUGAGGUUUUUUAUUAUGCUCAGAAAGCAGUGCUUCAUCCCACUGCUCCAUUAUUUGAUCAAGAAACAGAGACCUUGAAGCCCCGGUGUGUCAGAGCCUUGAAACGCAUAUUUAUUUUGUGUGAUCACGACAGGGAUGGUGCUCUUAGUGAUGCAGAAUUGAAUGAUUUUCAGGUGAAAUGUUUUAAUGCUCCUCUCCAGCCCUCUGAAAUAAUGGGUGUUAAGAGAGUUGUUCAAGAGAAGUUGCCAGAAGGGGUAAAUAGCCGUGGUCUUACCUUGACAGGGUUCCUUUUCCUCCACGCACUUUUCAUAGAGAAAGGGCGACUUGAGACCACAUGGACUGUCCUGAGGAAAUUCGGUUAUGAUAAUGAUAUCAAACUCAGGGAUGAUCUACUUCCAGUUCCACAGAAACGGGCUCCUGAUCAGAGUGUGGAGCUGACAAAUGAAGCUGUGGAUUUUCUGAAGGGUAUCUUCACCUUGUUUGACAUUGAUGGUGAUGGGGCCUUGCGACCCGUGGAGCUUGAUGAUCUCUUUUCAACUGCACCAGAAAGUCCUUGGAAUGAAGCUCCAUAUAAGGAUGCUGCAGGGAAGACCGCACUAGAUGGGUUAUCAUUUGAUGGAUUUCUGUCCCAGUGGGCCCUCAUGACACUACUUGACCCAGCUCGAACUCUAUCUAAUUUGAUAUAUAUUGGAUAUGUUGGUGAUCCUGCUUCAGCACUUCGUAUAACCAGGCGAAGACGAUUGGACCGUAAAAAGCUGCAAUCAGAAAGAAAUGUGUACCAAUGCUUUGUAUUUGGGCCUAAAAAUGCUGGAAAAUCUGCAUUGCUAAAUUCAUUUCUUGGAAGGCCAUUCUCUGAAAAUUAUUCUCCAACCACUAGUGAGCGUUUUGCGGUGAAUAUUGUUGAUCAGCCAGGGGGAGUAAAAAAAACCUUGGUAUUGCGGGAGAUUCCAGAAGAUGAAGUAAAAGGUUUGCUGUCUAAAAAGGAGUCGUUGGCAGCUUGUGACAUAGCAUUAUUUGUCCAUGAUAGUUCUGAUSAAGCUUCUUGGAGGAGAGCUACAGAAUUACUUGUGGAUGUUGCUAGCCAUGGAGAGGAUAGUGGCUUUGAGGUGCCUUGCCUUAUUGUUGCAGCUAAAGACGACCUUGAUCCAUAUCCAAUGGCUAUACAAGAUUCUACAAGGGUUAGCCAAGACUUGGGAAUAGAAGCGCCCAUCCCAGUUAGCAUGAAGUUAGGAGAUUUUAAUAGUAUAUUCCGCAGGAUUAUUAGUGCGGCGGAGCACCCACAUUUGAGCAUUCCAGAGACUGAAGCUGGCAGAAACCGCAAGCACUAUCAUCAGCUUGUUAAUCGCUCUCUCAUGUUUGUCUCAGUUGGGGCUGCAGUUGCUAUUGUUGGACUGGCUGCCUAUCGUGUUUAUGCUGCAAGGAGAAACGCCUCCAAUUAAGAAUUGAGCCUGUGGGCUGCUUGCUUCCGUUGCACAAGCUCGACUACUUGAUAUGGUUGGUGUUGUCUAGUUUUCGUUUCCCUGCUGAGCUGUGUCUUGUUAGAAAAUAGAUACUCUUGGGGUGGCAGUUUGUGUACAGGUCAGGGCUCUUGCAGUUUUCGUUGCGGCAGGAGAUGUAGUUUUCCUAUCAAUAUUUCAAAUAUUUUCCAUUCAUCCCUAGUCUUCCUCUGUUUUAAGUUUUAAGCUUUUUCAAUUUUCUCUAUUAAAUAAAGAGCCUAUUUCUAAAUUAUGCGUUAUUACUCGACGGAUAUGACAAUACGGGGCGAACUAGCCGUCGUAAUGCUGAUUCAACUUCAACCAGGGGUCGAGUCAGAGACUUAAAACUCA